UCAGUUACUCAGUUGGGGGAAGAGCGCGAUGGCGAGCGGUAAUCCGGAGAUCCAGUUCUACGAGCACGAGCUCAGCAUCCGCCGGGUGAUCGAGCAGUCUGACUUGCAGGCUCUGGACCAGGCCCUCAACAUCUGCGACCUGUCCAGCGUGGAGAGGAAGCACCGCCUCUGGCAGGAGCAGCUGCCCAGGAUCAAGCCCUACUACGCCGUCAAGUGCAACGACGACCCGCUGGUGGUCGAGUUGCUCGCGGAUCUCGGAGCUGGAUUCGACUGCGCCUCCAAGAACGAACUGAAACAGGUGCUUGGCUUCGACGUCCCACCAGAGCGAAUCAUCUUCGCCAAUCCCUGUCGGCCUGUCAGCCAUCUGGAGUACGCCAAGGAGAACAACGUGGCCAAUGGCACGGUGGACAAUGAGUUCGAGGUGUACAAGCUGCACGAGCACUAUCCCAACUCCAAUCUGAUUGUGAGAUUCAAGAGCGAGGCCAAGGAGGCGCAAUGUCCGCUGGGCGACAAGUUCGGUUGCGAUGCGGAUGUGGAUGCCGCGGCCCUAAUGCUUUUGGCCAAGUCCUUGGACCUGAAGGUGACCGGAACCAGUUUCCACGUGGGCUCUGGCUGCAGUGAGCUGGAGGCCUACGACCGGGCCAUCAAGAAGGCCAAGAACCUUUUCAAGCUCGGCGAACUGCUGGGUUUCGAAAUGGAUUUUCUGGACAUUGGCGGCGGGUUUCCUGGCAGCGAUGACGAGAAGUUUAGGCGGAUAGCUGGGAGUAUCAACACCUCGGUGCAGCGCCAUUUCCCCGACGAGCGGGUCCAAAUAAUCGCCGAACCAGGACGUUUCUUUGUUGCGGCUGCCUUCACUUUGGUCUGCAAAAUCCACGCCAAGCGGGAGGUCCGCAGUGAGGACGGGAAGUUGGACACCAUAAUGUACUAUCUGAACGAUGGUGUCUACGGAUCCUUCAACUGCAUCCUGUACGAUCAUCAAGUGGUGACUGCAGAACAUUAUCUGGAGGAAUCUGAUGACUUACCCCUUUUGAAGUCCUUGAUUUGGGGUCCCAGUUGUGAUGCUUUUGAUAAGAUAUCAGAGGACCUGCUCCUGCCAAACCUAAACCGAGGUGAUCUGUUGGGGUUCCGCAAUAUGGGAGCUUAUACCAUGCCCAUUGCCAGUCCCUUCAAUGGAUUUGAUGUUCCAAAGACUCUAUAUUUUAAAGCCAUAUGACUAAAUGGUUUCUUGGGCAAAAUAAAUGAACCAAUAUAUUGCAUACACA